AUGGAUUACAUGAACUCUUACUACUACAUGGAAUAAGAACAACCUCACUUUGAUUACUUCUUCGAAGAAUAAGAACAAGAAUAAGAAUAAGAAUAACAACAAAUUCACUCUCCCCUUGGUAUCCAAAAGAAAAUUUCCAAAAAGAAAUACUAGAAGGCUCUUAAGUGGGCUCACAUUGCUUCACCCUUUAGCGAAAAUUAAACUCCUGAAAAAUUCUUACUUUAUGGAAAUAUAAAUCUUUUUACAAAUUACAGCGAAGACACUUCAAAAUGCCCUUACACCUCUGAAUGUUUAGUCGAAAACGGGUAUUACAAACUAGACUAAGUAUAAGUUACAGAAAAAAAGGGAGUCGAAAUGUAAGUCUCCACUUUGAAGCCUUGUUUGGACAAAUUCCAAUUUCUCAUUAAUUUAUACAAGCGCUACUAAAGCUCAAAAUACUCAGAACUUGCUAAUGUACUUCUCUAAUACUAAAAAUUCAUUAAACAAGAAUUCGAUAGAUCCAAUUGUAUGUAUAAGUAACUCAAGAAAGAUUAAAAUCUUUAAUCUAAACUCUAAGAAGAAUUUAACGCCUUCUAGUUAAAAACUAUUGCUGAAAUUCAAGCUUAAAAUUCUUCAUCAAUGACCAGCUAAUAUUAUUCCUAUAGAACUGUAACUACCAAUUAUAAAACUGGAUAGCCUGAAAUCAAGAAGUACGGUACUUCAGAAUCUCUCGUAAAUCUCCUUGGAGUCUCAGUAUAAAACGAAUACUAAAAUUUACUUUGGAAAAUGCGCAAGUAACAAGCCUUCUCUAAAAAUCAAGAAAAUCAUCUUCUCAGAAGUCAAGAGAGUAUUUCAAAGGCAAUUUUUAUGAUCAAGAAUAUUGUCGGUAAAGAGAGUGCCUACAGCUUCUCCUAAACUCUACUCACCAGAGACGGAUUCGAAAUACCAUGCACAGUUAAAGUACAAGUUAUCUCAAACUAAACCCUCAAUUACAUAAAACACUACGAAUCUAGAGACUAACAAGUUCUUCACUACACAUACAUUUUUAACAAAAGUGAUAUAUAAACUCUCUAGAACAAGAGAGAGAAUAUGUCAUCUUAAAAUUCUACAAUUUCUACCUAGUAGAUCUCCUUAAAUCUAAAUUUAGGAAUUGACAGCUGUGAUGACAGCCAAGGAUCUAACUUCGUACUUGAACACACAUCAGAAACUUUCAGUGAAAUUGAUUUAAAUAACUACUCUCCUUAACAAUAAUACUAAUAAUGCUAAACGACAAAGUGUUACCAAAACACCUACACAAACAAAACCUUAAAUUAAAGUUUUUCACCUUUGUCAACUGUAACCUGCUCCAUUUAGUAAUAUAAUAGAAAAUCAGAGCAAAAAAACAGUUGUGACUAUAGUAGAAAAUCUUAAAUUUUCAUUAACAAAUAUUACAAGCACCUACUUACUAAAAAUACUCAAAAUAUUCAAAGUUCAUAAUGA